CCUUUCCAGGCACUCCUCGGGAACUUGCACUGAGCUUGAUACGGCAAUUCUCUCAUACUCACUAUGGGCAACUUUUCAACUUCUUGUCAAAAAUCAGCGACUGAUGGGGAUGAUAUUCCACAAUGGCUCAGUUUGCUGAUUGUGUUAUCCGUAAGUUCAUCGGUUUUCCUCGGGUUAGCGAUAAACUGUAAUCCAUAUCUGACCAGUGAAACUGGUUACGCCGACGGAGGGGAUAUGUAUUCACACCAGAUAGAAAUCCUCUACCUGAAGGAAAUACUACAAAGUGGAGCGACGGAUUUUUGGUUCGACGAAGUCACGUUAGGUUACCCGUUGUUCCUCGCGUAUAGCCCAUUUCCGUGUUUAGUUACAUCCAUCACGAUGAUCCUCACAGAAUCGUUCAUCAGUCCCUUGUUGUUGUUUCGGUGGAUGUAUCUUGCUAUUCUCUCAGCAAUGCCCUGGACAUGGUUUGUUGGAUUGCGUAAGCUAGGAUUGACACGAUUGGAGUCGUCUUUGGUUUCCCUUUGCGUGUAUUCCAUAUCUAGUUGGCGAAAGUUUGGACUGGAGUUGGAAGCAUUUCAGUAUUAUGGACUUUUCACACAGACUUACGGAAUGGCUAUAUUUCCAAUGGCAGUUGGGUUUCUGUAUGAGUACAUUAUUUAUGGCCUUGGCUCAAGAAAUACAACAGUGCUACUUGUCGUCCUCAACUUCACUGCGCAUGCGUUCUUCGGUAUCUAUCUUGGCAUAGUGACCGGAGUAACUUUGGUGGUAGAACUCUUUACCAAUCCACUGCCUCUCGCAAAGAAACUGCAGUCACCUUCAAUCUCGCGCGCAUGUUCCGUACACUUUAUAACUGUUGCAUUGUUGUCGUGGUGGAUCAUCCCAGUGUUGGCAAAUUAUGAAUACAUGGGAGGUUUACCUUGGAAGCGUGACAGUGAGAACGGCUACAAGGCUGGAUUUGUUCUAAGAAAGUUAUUCUCCGGCGAAACUUUUGACCACGGAAGAAAAUUUCCAUUUAUUACUGUCGGAGUGGUAGCGGGGUUAGCUUGUGUUUGCUUCACGUGGCGAAAGAGUGACAGGAACACACUAUGCUAUUGCGCUAAACGGCGAAUGAUUCUUACUUGGCUCGGUGUGCUGUUCUGUGCGACUUUUUUGCUUUUUUUGGGAAGAACAUUUUCAGGUCCGUUCUUUGACUUGAUUCCAUUUCAUGAAGAAAUAGAAGCCACUCGCUAUUUGAAUGGCAUUCAUUUCUGUGGACUACUAUUGAUGGGUGUUUCAUUUUCAUGUUUCCUUCGUUUCUUAUGUGCUACCUUGUGUAGAGUUUCGAAAGGGUUUUUCAAAUGUCGCGUCGUCUUAAUUGCGACGAUGCUGGUCAUAACACCGGUUUUCCUCAGCUCUCGACUACAGAAAAUUAAUAACCUUCUGUCGGUGACCGAAAUCCAGGAUCUACCUGAAAGUCUAAAUGAAUUGAAAUCUCAUCCAAGCGAUGCACGGAUUCUGGCAAAAAAAGUGUUGGGUACUGGUGAUCCUUUGACUUUAGCUCUUCUACCUCACUAUAGCAGAAAGCCCGGAAUUCUCACCUAUUCUAGAGGCUACCACGAUUCAUUGUCCCUCUACUAUUUGGAGGUUUUUCAAUUCAGUCUCGAGACAAUACCUUGGUCUCCUGAUUUGUUACGUCUCUACAACAUUCGUUUUCUCGCCACAUCCGGGAUCGCGUUACCUCCGCACUUCCUGAAGGCUUGUCAGCUAAGGCACCUGGCCUUCGUAGGAGACAUCGAAGUUUUCGUCAGAACAUUCCAAGAGAACUAUGGAUAUUUUGAGUUUAUUCAUGUGCCCGGCGCUGUUGUGGGUGAUUUAAAAGGCAUGCGCGAGGCUGUGUCAAUAUCCACCCAGCUUUUCACAAAGAGAGCUGUAUUCGCCGUGAAUCCUCUCAGCGCAUUCAACAAUCCAUCCUUCAAAAUUGUUGUUUCCAAUAAAAAUUCAGGCGGAAACUUACUCAGUUUUCUCGCUGCAGAGGAGUUUGAGAUAAAGUGGUUUGUUACCAAUAGGCAAGUAAAAGAAAAAGCUUUCUUAGAGGAUGCAAAGUUUAGGCUCCACCCCGGAGGUGUUUCCUCACGAGUUAUGCAAGAGGAAGUAGGAAGGAACUUUUAUAAAGCUUAUGUCCAUGUAGUUGACCGAGCAUGGAGUGAGAAUUUCUACAAGACAGAGCACCUUCUUCUCAAAGUGACUUAUCACCCUUACUGGAAAUGCGUCUUCCAAUCAUUAGCGGACGCAACUGACAGUACACGUGACUGGCUCGAGGUUCCCGUGCAUCACGUGACACCCAACCUGAUGAGUGUAGUUUUACCUCCUGGGAAACAUCACGUGAUCUGUCAAUACAAGAAUCCCAUUUAUCAGAAAGUCGGUUUCAUUUUGUUUUUAGUGAUAUAUAUUACUUUAAUUCUAAAAGAGACUCUCUGUCCAUAUACCUACGCUAACGAUGUUAGCGAAGAUGUAAAUGUGUAUAUUCGAUUUUCGAAAAAUGCUCCCUAG